AUGGUACGAAAUUUUAAAAGAAAAACUAAUAGAGGUUAUAUUUCUGGAGAUGUCAUAAUGUGUGCUGUUAAAGAUGUAAAGAUUAAUAACAUUUCUAUUAGAUCAGCAGCAAAAAACCAUGGCAUUAAUUACAGAACAUUAGCACGUUAUUGUAAAAAAAUUAUUAUUACUAACCCAUCACAUGGUUCUAUAGCAGAUCUAAUUGACAAAAUUGAAAACCACACCUCCCUUAAUGUUAUAGGAUACAAAAGUCGAUUGAUAUUGCCAGAAAAAGUAGAAAAAGAACUGGUCACCUACCUGUUGCGAGCAGCAGAUAUAUAUUUUGGUUUAACUCCUACCGAAGUAAAAAAGCUCGCAUUCCAGCUAGCAAUUAAAAAUAAUAUGAAGGUUCCCAAUUCUUGGGUAGUAAAGGAACAAGCUGGUAAGGAUUGGUUUACAGGAUUUAUAAAGCGCCAUUCAAAUAUUUCCAUUAGGCAACCUGAAGCUACUAGUUUAAGUCGAGCGACAAGUUUCAAUAAGCAGAAUGUUGCAUCAUUUUUUAGCAAUUUGCAGCACUGUAUGCAAAAAUACUCGUUCUCACCAAAUGACAUUUGGAACAUGGACGAAACUGCUGUAACUACUGUACAACAACCUAAAAAGGUUAUUGCGAAAAAAGGAUUAAAACAAGUAGGAGUCAUCACGUCAGCUGAAAGAGGAACUCUUGUAACAUUAACAUACAUAAUAAAUGCUAUUGAAAAUAGUAUUCCACCCUUUUUUAUUUUUUCUCGUAAAAACUUUAAAGAUCAUUUCCUAAUCAGUGCACCAACAGGAAGUGCAGGAGAUGCAAAUCCAAGUGGUUGGAUGAAAGAAGAAAACUUUGUAAAAUAUCUAAAACAUUUUGUAGGCAAUACAAAAUGUACUAAAGAAAAGCCUUGUUUAUUGUUGCUUGACAAUCACGAAACUCAUCUUAGUAUCGAAGGAUUAGAUUUGGCAAAAAAUAAUGGAAUAGUAAUGCUUACCUUCCCACCACAUUGCACACAUAAGUUGCAGCCCUUGGAUAAGGCAGUUUAUGGUCCUCUCAAAAACUACAUAAAUACUGCUAUGACAUCAUGGUUAGUAAUGAAACCUGGAUAA